GAGCACGUUGUUGACACGGAGUUUGACUACGAUGACCGAGGAUCAUCGGGGCAAGGUGCCAAGCUGGGAUGGGGAUCCCAAGACUUGGCGGACGCACACGCGGAAGGCCCUCCAGUACCAGGAGGACACCAAGAGGGAGGACAAGUACCUGUGCGGCCCGCGGCCGGAGGCGAAGCUCACAGGCCGGGCCGAGAUCGCGGUCGAGCGCUGCAAGGCUGGGUGGCUCUCCAGGCCGGACGGCGUGGAGCGGCUCUUGGCGUGGCUGGAGCGCAGGUGCUCUCGACAGGCUGUGCCAGACGUCGGCCAGGAGCUCGAGACGUUCUUGAUCAAGACGAAGCGCCGCAAGCUCGAGCCGAUGCAGCAGUGGACGGACCGCUUCGAGACAGGGUACCAGUACCUCAGGCGCGCGUUGGCACGCGCGCUCGGACACACAGUUCCAGUUCAGGUCGCUCCACCGUGGAAGAGGUCAGAGCGACCUUACCGUUGGAUCGAGGUCGAACGUGAUUGGCCAUUCGAGGGUAGCGAAUUGACGUGGGAGUACACGGACGGCCUGCCAGACGACGAGAAAGAGGAGUCGCACCACUGGAGCGCUGCUGACCAGGGCGCGGACGCCGAGGAGGAGCUCGGGGACAUGCCGGAGGUGUUCCCUAGCCUGGUCUUGGGCUGGCUGAUGCUCGCGCGGUCGGGGCUCGACUCGCGCGGGAGGGCUGCCAUCAUGACGGCGACGGGCGGCUCGCUGGAGGUCAACAUCAUCCGGGAGUUGCUGAUCUCGAGCUGGGAGGACGACGACCUGGCGGAACGCGACGGGCACUCGAGGUUCCCGAAGGCGUACACAGCUCAGCUUGGAGAAGAUGAUCGUACUUGGCUUGACGGAGACGAUGGACCAGACGCGAGCAGCUUCGCAGCCGACGUGGAGAACUGCGAGUGGCAGGAGGAAGGCCCAGGCCAGGAGGAGGCGAACGAUGACGACAUCGAGACCUACUUGGCGGCUCAGCAGGAGGAGGCGGAGGCGCUCGCGGCGAUUCACACCGCCCAACGCACCCCCCGCCAGGCUCGGGAGGCCCAGGCCGACAGCCGGCUGAUCAGGGGCUUCUACCGUGGAGCUGCAGGCACGCCGGAGGCGAGCGCAAAGGUGGCUGAGUGCAGGAAGGAGCUGAAGUUCAACCUCGUGGCCUCGCUGGUCGCCGAGCAGGAGCCCCAGGACUCGAAGUGCGAGGCGAUGUUCGCAGACCAGGCCAUCCGCGAGGGCAAGGGCACCGUCGACUUAGGGUGCACGGACGCCAUGGGCUGCUGGAUGAACCUGGACUACAAGCCAGUCUAUAGCUCCGGGAACGGCGAGAAGGAGCGCGCCGACGGACAGGUGAAGAUCGGCAUCACGGGCGCGGGAAUGGAGGGCGACAUCGCCAUCAACGGCUUCUUGAAGGAUGUCCCGAUCCUGGUGUCGAAGAAGGUUCUGAAGAAGCUGGGAGCCGUCGUGGACUGCGAGACUGGGGUGACCGUGUUCGUGAAGCUCGCACCGGACAUCCCCGUUCAGCUGGAGGAGUCACCUGAUGGAGGACACUACUACAUGAGCCUGGUUGACGACUUGCUGGAGCAGCGCGUCAGGGACCAGAACCAGCUGCGUAAAUUCAAGACCAUCUGCGAGAACAUGCGUGAGUGGGACUGCAAGCCCGUGGCCGCAGUGUGCCAGGGGCCAGACAGCAGCUCGGAUGUUCGGGCUGAGCAGUUGGAGCGCUACAUGUAUCAAUCUCAAUCGGAUCGCAGCGUUGUCAUCGAUGCGUCUCCAGUCGAUUCAGCAGGAUCGCAUGCUCGUGCAAUGCGGCCGCUUCAGAUGCCAGCGUCUCGCAGUGCAGUGCAGGGCCUCUACAAGGCGGAGGACGAGACGCCAGCGCAGGUGGCCAUGAAGGGCCUCAGCUCGAUGAAGAAGCCCCAGCUGUUGGCGAUGGCCGAUAAGGUAGGCGCCCACGUGACGCAAGGCAUGGCGAAUCCGUCACUCAAGCUCUGGAUCCGCAAGGCCAUCCUCAUGAAGCACACGCCGGAGCCGACCGACUACAUGGGCUUCGGGAAGCGCGGAGCCAUGACCUACCAGCAGGUUCAGAGCCAGUGCCCGUCCUACGCGUCCUGGUGCCGAAAGGAGGCGAACAAGGAGAGCAGCUGGGAGCUGGCCCGGUUUGCCUCGUGGCUCAACGAGCAGGAAAACAUCGACGAGAAGGCGGAGGUGACCAGGGAUCCGAAGGAGGUCCCGAAGGAGCCGGUCAAGGCUCGAGGGGGCGCGAGGUCAUCCCGCAGGAGGACGGUGGACGCGAUCAUGGACGACGUGAUCGAGGAGCAGGAGAAGCUCGAGGCUGCGAUCAAGGUGCAGAAGGAGGAGAAGGAGUCCAACCGCUUGGUCCAGGAGCAGAUGCUGGCGGCGCUGAACCAGCUCAACCAGAGUGGGUUCCAGUCCGAGUGGUCAGGCAGAGGGCUGAACUGCACAAAGGAGCUGGACCCCAGGAAGCAGCGCUGGCUCGCCAAGUGCAUCAAGGAGGACGGCCACUUGGAGGACUACGAGGCGCUGAUGGCUCACGGCGGCGCUAAGAUGAUGGAGGUCGCAUGCAGCCCAACGUCCAUCCUGAGCACGAAGAUGGCGGAGAAGUUCGGCGAGGACGCUGCAUGUCGCAUCAGUGCCUGGAAUGGCUUCAAGCUGGGGACCCCUGGCGGCAACCAGAGGGCUCGAGAGGCACGUGAUGAAGCUGAACCAGACCACCUGUGGAUCAGUACGAGGUGCGGCCCGCUAUCGAACCUCACCCUCGGCUUCAACGGCUCCAACCCCAUCAGGGCCGAGGCCGCCAGGAAGCGCAGGUUGCAGGCCGUCAAGGAGUACAAGGGCGCGGUGCAGCUGGUGUACGACCAGGUGGCUCAAGGCAAGCAUGUGCACUGGGAGUGGCCCAUCAAGUGCGAGGGCUGGGGACACACGAUGAUCAGGGAGAUGGUGGAGGACUGCUCAAUGACUGUGGCGAAGGUGGCAGGCUGCCAGCUCGGUGUGAAGGACAAGAAGGGCCUGCCGCUGCUGAAGGAGUGGCUGAUCGCUACGACGUCUCCAAAGAUGGCCGCCAGGAUGUCCCUGGAGUGCUCAGGAGAUCACCGACAUGGAGAGCUCACAGGAGGCGGUCUCGCAGCGGCCACCAGCUACUACCCGGACGAGUUUGCAAGGCGAGCUGUUCGUGCGAUGAUCGAGGAGGCCGCGCCUGACUACCACGAGUUCCUGAGGUGCUUGGCAGAGCCCGAGGAGGUGAUCGACCAGGUGAUGGCAGCCUACCAGGAGGAGACGAAGAUGAACACAGACGUGAACUCGAAGGAGUACCAGCAGAUCAUGAAGUGGCUCACCUCGAUCCACCGCGGCUCAGGUCACAGCUCGAAGGACUUCCACUGCGACGCGUGCGAGGAGGCGAACAAGUUCAAGCCUGCGCAUCCGCCCGUCAGCUUAGAGGCCAUCCCGCCGAAGUGGAAGCACAUCCAGGCGGACCAGUUCGAGUGGGAGCACCCGCAGACGAAGGUCAAGUCCAAGAUCUCCCUGAUCGUAGACGAGAACUGCAGGGUGCGCGUUAGCAAGCUGCUGUACCACAUGGUUGGCGAGGACCGGCACAGGAAUCCUGUAUGGGCUGACCUCAAGCUGUUCUACGAGGAGCGCUGGAUGCCCUACUUCGGCAAGCCGCAGAGGGUAAAGGUGGACCCCGAGGGAUCCUGGAUGUCCAAGCAGGCGGCUGAGUACUUCGAUUCCGACUCCAUCGGGUACGAACCCAUACCUGGCCAGGCUCACUGGCACAUCUCGCUCGCCGAGGAGGCCGUCCAGGCCACCAAGGGGGCCGUGGACAAGCUGGUGGCGGAGAACCCCGAGAUGACGACGGAGGAAGCCCUGGCAAGGGCGACCGCAGCUGGGAACUCACGUGAAGAUGUUCGAGGACACUCACCCCUUCAACAUGCCCUAGGACGGGCGCCAGACCUGGACGGACACUUCUUUGAGAGCGACUUUCACGAGCUGCCCUACGUGGAAGCCCAGAGGGUCGACAAGGAGUUCGGGGAAAACUACACCAGGAUGCGCGCGGCAGAGCAGGAGUACCUGAGAAGGGUCUACAUGCGACGCCUCAGCAGGGCGGAGAACGCGAAGAAUCAGGCGGUGAAGUCCGCGGUGCCGGGCAUGUGGGUGCGCUACUUCAGGAAGGAGAAGGGCGAAGCUAAGGGCCGCUUCAAGGGGCUCGCGAGGGUCCUGGCCACAGAGACGGCGCGGCCGGUAGACGGGGACCUUGGCGAAGGACGUGUUCUACACCCUGGGCGUGCAGGAUCCGUGGUGUGGCUUGUAAGAGCAGGGCGUAUCAUCAAGGUGGACCUCUGCCAGAUCCGAGCGGCUUCCUCACGGGAGAUCGCCUGCGCCGAGCUGAUGGGAGGCAAGGGCGCGCCCUGGACGGUCCACACCUUCAUGAAUCAGGCGCUGAACCACGAGUACCUGGGCUUCACUGGCCACGACCCCACCGAGAACGACGUGGAGAUCUCGACCUGGGUUCGAGCGUCUCGAGCAGCCCUGGCGGAGGAGCAGAUGAAGGAGAACAUGGCCCUCAUGGCGAAGUUCACUCCAGACGCCCGGGCAUUUUGGGCUCGUCAAGGUACGUCACUGGAGGUCUCCGUUGAGGUUCCAUUGGAGGGCAAGCCGCUCAAGCAGGCCACGAGGCACAUGAGCACCUACAUGGCGAGCCAGCAGCGGAAAGGCAGGCGCGAGAUCUCGGAGAGGUGGAUUCUCGAGUGGAAGGUGGGCGAGAACACGGGCGCGAAAAAGCCGAAGGCGAGGAUCGUUGUUCUGGGUUACAUGGGCCCCGAGUACGAGCACCGUCCGACUGCCGCUCCAACCAUGACGAGAACUUCGAGGCACCUGGUGCUGCAGGCGAUGGCGUGGCUGGGCUUCAAGGGCUACAAGGCGGACGUGACGAGAGCUUUCACGCAGAACCGAAAGAUCCAGCAUGACCUGUUCGUGAUGCCCGUGAAGGAGCUAGCGGCGGCCCUGGGGAUGCCCGAGGGUGUUGCAAUGCGGCUCAGGAAGGCGGUCUACGGGCUCGUGGAGGCAACGGUCGAGUGGUUCAUGACCGUGAGCGAGGCGCUGGAGGAGUUCGGUUGGACCCAGAUGAAGAUGGACCCCUGCGUGUGGGUGCUCUACGGUGACGCGCACGGCAAGGAUAACAGCUUCACCAAGGAGGCGCUGAAGGACUUUACGAACCCAGAGGUGCUGGAGGACCUGAUCGCGGCGAAGGGGGACCUGGACAUCAUAGCCACUGCGGGUUCGCACGUGGACGACUUCCUGCUCGGUGGCAACGACGCGGACCCCAGGUGGAUCACCGCCCGGGAGCAGAUCGAGAAGCGCUUCAAGUGGAAGGCCUGGGAGUCGGAGGAGUUCAUGCAGACGGGGGUGCGGAUCAAGCAGCAGCCCGACAGGAGCUUCCGCAUGGAUCAGAGCGAGUGCGUGAAAACCAUCGAGAAGGCGUACCUCACCCCAGAGCGCAAGAAGGCCAAGGACAUGCCGACCACCGACAAGGAGAAGGGCCAGCUGAGGGCUAUCUGGGGAGCCAUCGGAUGGAGGUCCGAGCAUUCAGGUCCCAUGCACUCGGCCGACACCAGCCUAUUGCUCAGCACACUACCCUUUUCCACUGUGCAGACCAUCAACGAGACCAACCGCCUAGUUGAUCGUGUUCGUGAAUGUGCUGAUCUACCCGUGGUGAUCCACAGCCACUCUCAGUCGCAGGUGCUGAUGCCAGUGGAGUGGUCGGCUUCUUCCGAGGCCAAUCGACCCGAUGGGAAGUCCACGAAGGGCCUGGUGGCAGGCCUGGCACCUCUGAAGAUCCUCAAGGGCGACGAGGCGGACGUGAGCCUCAUAUCCUGGAAGUCGGGCAAGAUCGGUCGUGGUUGCCGCAGUUCCGUGGCAUGUGAGACACGCUCAGCCGUGGACGUGGAGGACGAGCUGUUCGGUAUCAAGUUGCAGUGGCUGGAGAUCCUGGGCAACAACAUCGACUGGAGGAGUCCCGAGGGAGUUCUACGCAGACUGCCAGGAGCGGUGGUUGUGGACUCGAAGGGCCUGUACGACAAGCUGCAGACGACGGUCUACACCUUCCGGGGCAAGGAGAAGCGGACUGACGUGGAGGCGAUGACGCUGAAGGAAUGGACGCAGGCGGCGAACAACUGGAUGCUCUGGGUACAUGGGGAUGCUCAGCUCGCCAACUCGCUGACGAAGGGACACGAGCCGGGCCAGCUGCGGAUGUACUUCAACAACGGGCACCGCUGGAAGUUGGUCUACGACGAGAAGUACCAGAGUGCGCGUAAGAGGAAGGCAGCCGGGAUCCAGCCGUUCGAGCACGUGGGAGUUGGCAUUCUCAAGACCCCAGGUGGUUCAACAGUUCAUAUCAAUGCAGCUGCGUGCCCCGACUUCCCGCCAUACGAGGUCAUGACCGAGUGCAGUUCAGACGAGGAGGUAGACUCAAGGACGCUCAGCUUGGAGGACCCUUAUCUGUGCAAUUCCGAAGACGAGCAAGCCUGA